CCACGACCACACGCCCUGAGAGCUCCUCCAAAGAAUAACAGCUGGUCGCCCGUCUGCGCCGCCGAGACGAAUCCGCUAGCAUGGGUCUCCUUUCGUCCAAGACCCUGAUCCAGGCACAUGCCCUGUUUCUGUUUGUGCUUGCGGUCUACCUGACAAGAUCGCCGGAGGUUGUCACCGAGUCGGAUGUUGUGUUCAUGCUGGGCGAGUUUCUGAACCUGGAUGCCUCCCCGAGUCUCUCCCGCCCUCAAUCUCCCUUCGCGCUCUGUGGUGUUCUCCUCGUCCUCGAGGCUCUGGUCGACCUCAUCCUCGUGACCAAGGUACCCCAGAUCAAUGAGGUCCUUGCCAUGGUCAAUGCCGCAAGAACGCAGUCCCCCUUCCCCUCUGCAGGGGCUAUGCGCACGAAUCCUGUCCUGGCCCGACUGGUCACGCUCUACUCGGAAAUCUGGACCAUACUAUCCGCCUCUCGCUUCUGUCUCUUCUUCGCCGUCUCCUUUUUCAUUUACCAGAGCAAGCCGUCGGCCUGGGGGAUGGAUGCCGCCAGUGUGAUGGGCAGCUAUGGGUCCGCGGGUGUAGCUACGUCCGGUCUGGAUCAGCUGAAGAACAGGGUGGUGUUUACAUACGGUUUCAUGGAGAUGAUGUUCUGGCUAUGGAUCUUCCUCACACUCCGGGAAGAGAGACAGGACGUAGCUGCUCGAUUCGUGGAACAUGAUCACUAGGACGCACCCGGGAUCCGGUAUCCGCAAUAAUGUGGAUAUUACUAGGUACAUAGACAUAGAGACAAUAGAAGAGAUGCCAGGCUUGAAACCCCUAUGAUACAUACAAUGAACAUGUCAAGCAAUU